AUCAGAUUAGAUAGACAAAAACAUCAUUCAUGAAAACAGCACACCUUUUUCUUGCAUAUCUUUCUCUCCUAACCCUGUGUCUAUGUGUGUGUCCUUCAAGAGCAGCCACAAGUGAAGCAGAGGUUUUGAUGAGAUGGAAAUCCAGCCUAUCAUCUUCUGCUUCUCUCGAGUCUUGGUCUGUCAACAACAUCAGCAAUCACUGCAGAUGGAUUGGCAUUCGCUGUAAUGACGAGGGAUCUGUGUCUGGAAUUGAUCUCCCCGUUGCAGGCCUUGCAGGGACAUUGGAUCUGUUCCAUUUCACUUCAUUGCUGAAUCUCACCACUUUCAACCUCAGUGGGAAUUAUCUCAACGGCUCCAUACCAGCUGCUCUUGGCAACCUCACAAGCCUCACUCUCUUGGACCUCUCCGCCAAUCUGUUUUCCGGUGGCAUUCCACCAGAGAUCGGCUGCUUGACAGAGCUUCGAUACUUGAGCUUCUCCAACAACUAUAUGGUUGGAGAAAUCCCAUAUCAGAUUGGCAAUAUGAGGAAGGUGCGCUUCUUGGAUUUGGGCUCCAAUCACUUUGAAACUCCUGACUGGUCUCGAUUUCCCACUUUCCCUUUCCUAACUCACCUUAAUCUUCAUUACAACGAACUCAACUUGGAAUUCCCACACUUCAUAACCACAUGUCUCAACCUUACUUUUCUUGAUUUGUCCGUAAACACCUUCACAGGCCAGAUUCCUGAAUCAUUAUUCACCAACUUGCUCAAACUUGAAUAUCUUGACCUAAGCAUCAAUGGUUUUCAAGGCCCCCUGUCAACAAAUAUCACUAACCUCUCCAAAUUGAAGGGUCUUCUCCUUGGCGACAACUACUUCUCUGGCAACAUUCUUGAUACAGUAAGCCUUAUUCCAAGCCUGCAAAUUCUAGAGCUGUACAAUAAUUCGUUAAUAGGAGAAAUCCCUCCUUCUAUAGGCCUACUCACGAAUCUACGAACUCUAGCCCUUGGAAUGAACAGAUUCAAUUCCUCCAUUCCCCGAGAGCUCGGCCUGUGUAACAAGCUGACCGACUUAGAUUUAUCUCGGAAUUCACUCUCGGGGCCAUUGCCUCCAUCCUUAUCAAAUCUGGGCAAUUUAUCUUUGUUGGACCUAUCUUACAAUAGCUUGACUGGUGAAAUAUUGACUUCUUUCAUCACGAGUUGGAGAAAGCUAAUCGCACUAGAAAUUGAAGACAAUGAAUUCAGUGGGGAACUUCCAUCAGAAAUAGGCUUGCUCACAAACCUCAACUAUCUGUUUCUCUAUAAUAACUCGUUUUCAGGCACCAUCCCACCGGAGAUAGGAAACCUACAAAAUUUGUCGGCGCUGUACCUUUUCACCAAUAACUUUUCAGGUGGGGAGUUGGAAAAAAAUGCUUUUUAUGCCUUGGUAACAACUAACAAUGGUUUCUCACAUUGCAUUUGCAGCAUCCCACCAGAGAUAGGAAACCUACAAAAUAUGUGGAGGCUGGACCUUUCAACCAAUAACUUUUCAGGUGAAAUACAUAAACCGACUGAGUGGGAACUUGGAAAACAAUGCUUUAUAUUCCUUGGUCCAAUACCAUCCACCAUUGGAAAUCUUUCAAAUCUAGAUUUGUUAGAUCUAUCUUCCAACAAAUUAAAUGGUCCAAUACUAUCUACCAUUGGAAAUCUUUCAAAUCUGAGGGAGUUAUAUCUUUCUUCCAACAAAUUAAAUGGUCCAAUUCCAUCCACAAUCGGAAAUCUUUCAAAUCUGAUGGUGUUACGACUCUCUUCCAACAAAUUAAAUGGUGAACUCCCAUCCUCCAUCUGCAAGUUGUCAGGGCUUAUUGCUCUUCUUCUCUCGAAUAAUACUUUGGAAGGAAGAGUGCCACGAUGCAUUGGAAACUUGAGCAGAUCUUUGAUCAUCUUUCAUCUGAAUGAAAAUCAAUUUAGUGGCCUCAUACCAUCUACCUUUUCUAAGAAUUGUAGUCUUAUUUCCAUCAAUUUGGGUAAUAACAAAUUCCACGGACGAUUACCUAAAUCCUUAGUCAAUUGCCGAAGUCUAGAAGGCCUCGACAUUGGAAAUAAUAGAAUACAAGAUGAAUUUCCCUUUUGGAUGGAACGCCUACGCAAGCUUCGGGUGCUAGUGUUGAGGUCUAACAAGUUUGGUGGUAACAUGUCGCUUCCUUCACGAACCAAGUUUCCAUUUCCUAGGUUGCAAGUGUUUGAUGUAUCCCAUAAUGAAUUUCUAGGCUCUCUACCUCAAACAUAUAUCAACAAUUUCAUAGCUAUGAUUGAGCCAGUAGAAAUUGAUUAUGAUGAGUUUCUAGGUUACGUGGAGAUGAGGCUCAUCUUGAAAGGUCAGGAUCAGUUAAUUAAGAGAAUAUUGGAAACCUUCACAAUAAUUGAUCUGUCCUCCAAUAGAUUCUUUGGGAAUAUUCCAGAUUCCGUAGGAAAUCUUAAGAUUCUCAAAUACUUGAACCUGUCACACAAUAGCCUCACUGGACAUAUACCUUCAUCUCUUGGAAACUUGAGUGAACUCGAAUCGUUGGACUUGUCAACAAACAAACUGGAUGGAGAAAUUCCAAGUGAAUUGACAAGAUUGACAUUUCUUGCGAAAUUAAACCUUUCAAUAAACAAUCUUGUUGGGCAAAUACCGCGAUCCAAUCAGUUCUCCACAUUUGAGAAUGAUUCAUAUAUGAGAAACUUGGGAUUGUGUGGACUUCCGUUGACAAGAAAAUGCAAAGAUGAUGAUGGGAAAUUGAUGCAGUCUGCAGAAGAAGAGAGUGAUGAUGAAUAUGAAUUCAUAGAUGGAUUUGAUUGGAGAUGUGUUGUGAUGGGAUAUGGAAGUGGAUUCAUACUUGGGAUCGGAAUUGGUUACAUGAUUAUAAGAAGUGGAAGGCCAAGAUGGUUGGUGGAAUUCUUUUUCGGGGUUGGAUAUCAAUAUAAGACUAAGAAGAGAUGCAACCGAGCUACAUCCACCCGCAGGGGAACUUGAUUCAAAGCCAAAAGGAGAAUUCUGUGAUUUUUCUUGUGUUUGAUUUGGAACUACUGCUUGUGUUUGAGUUGUGUUUUCUAUUUCUGUAUACCUUUUUAAUUGCUACUACUAGUUUUGCUUAGUAUAUAA